AUGGCGGCAGAAGAUGUAUACGUCGUCGUUAAAUAUGACUAUCUAGCGCAAGAAGACCAGGAAUUGACGAUAAAGAAGAAUGAGCGGUUGAGGUUGAUUGAUGACACCAAGAAUUGGUGGAAGGUGGUCAACGACACGAAUCGCGUCGGGUUCGUCCCGUCGAAUUACGUCCGACGAGAAUCUUUCGUGGAUAAGGCGAUGGGCACGAUGAAGGGGCUGGUCAGAGGACGCAGCAAAAGUGACUUCUCACCGGAAGACGCGCCGGCGGCCUUCUCCGGUGAGGAUAGGCGGAUUCUGCUCUCCAACAACAAUCAAGCGAACGGCCAUAACUACAACGGGGCAGCGCCGGGCUUCAAGAGUGGUACAAUGUCGCGGGCAGUGGUGAAAUAUGCGUACGAGCCGCGGAUGGACGACGAGCUGGCGCUGCGCAAGGGCGAAACUAUUCUAGUUUUGGAGCGGAGCAGCGAUGGAUGGUGGAAGGGAGAGGCAAACGGUGAAACGGGCUGGUUCCCGUCGAACUACGUCGAAGAAGAAAACGAAUCGCCGGCCACAAAUGGAAAUGGGGUCUCCGAGAAUGCGCGGCCACAAGCUGCCCGUGCUGAUACCCGGCCGGUGCUCGAGGUUGUGCUGGCCCUCUACUCUUUCGACGCCUCGAAUCACGAGGAGCUGUCUUUCCGCAAAGGCGAACAACUCGACAUCGUCGGACACCCGGCCGAUGAUCCUGAGUGGUGGACGGCUCGCAAUGCCUCUGGAGCCUGCGGACUUGUUCCCAGAAAUUACAUCAAGGUGAUCCAGGGUGGACAAACCGCUUCUUCUGCCCCAGCCCCCGCUCCGGCCCCUGUCCCCUACAAUGGCCAGUCGGCCAACAUUCCCAUCGCCAACGCCGGCUUCAACGGACAUGUGCCCGGUGGCUAUCAGGCUGCCCCUCCGUCUCCACAUUCCGGCGACUACAGCACCGAGCCGUGGUUCUUCGGCCGCAUCACCCGCGAGCAGGCCGAAAGGGCGUUGGAACGUGGCCAGGAGGGCGACUAUCUUGUCAGGGAUUCGGAGAGCAAGCCCGGCGACUUGUCGAUUUCGAUGAAGGGCGUCGAGCGGUUCAAGCAUUUUAAGGUGACGAACACGAUGGGCCAGCUGAAAAUCGGGCAGCGAACGUUCAACAACAUGCACGACCUCAUCCGGCACUACACGACGCACGCCAUCUUCAGCUCGGACACGGAGAAGCUGUGCCUGGGCCGGCCGGCCCAGCGA